GUUCGGUUAGGGUUUAUGAGACAGAAGCUAAAAAGACACCAUUUUUAGCUUUGGAAGAUAAACAGAGAAGAAGCUUAACACAGAGAAGUGCGCGGGAAUGGCGAGAGUUUGUCUUCCUUGUUCUUUCCUUCGUACCUCUACUCUCUCGAUUCUCUUCCGUUCACCGAUUCUCUCCACAACCGCCGCAAUUUCAUUUUGCUCGUCGUCGGAGUUCGCCGACUCUGUAGCCAAGGAUGAUUCAAAACGCGGUCCUCUCAAGCCUGGGCUUUACCUCGUCGGAACUCCAAUCGGAAACCUCGAAGAUAUCACUUUACGUGCGAUUCGUGUAUUGAGAUCUGCGGAUGUGAUACUCUCUGAGGAUACAAGACACUCUGGGAAGUUGCUACAGUAUUACAAUAUUAAAGCUCAGCUUCUUAGUUAUCACAAGUUCAACGAGGCUCAGAGAGAACAAGCGGUGUUGACACGGUUGAAACAAGGAGAGAUUGUUGCACUUAUCAGCGAUGCUGGCACACCGGGAAUUAGUGAUCCCGGUACUCAACUUGCUAAAAUGUGUGCGAAAGAAAAUAUAGAUGUGAUUCCAAUCCCUGGGGCUUGUGCUGUAGUUGCUGCUCUUUCUGCAUCUGGUUUGGAGACAGAUGAGUUCACAUUCGUUGGAUUUCUUCCUAAGCAUUCUGGAACAAGGAAGGAGAGGCUGAUUGUUUCAUCAAAUGAGACAAGAACACAGAUCUUUUAUGUUCCCCCUCAUAAGUUGUCACAGUUUCUUGAAGAAACAACCCCUUACUUUGGUGAAUCAAGGCAAUGUGUAAUAGCUCGAGAGAUUACAAAGCUGCAUGAAGAGUUUUGGAGGGGUUCGAUAGCGGAAGCCAAGCAAGAGUUUCUGAUCCGCCAACCAAAAGGAGAAAUCACGCUUUUGAUAGAAGGAAAGGAAGAAACCAAAGCUGAAAAUCCAACAGAGUCUCAACUUGAAGAAGAGUUGAGAGGCCUGAUCUCUGAUGGGCAUAGCCUUUCCACGGCGGUGAAAACGGUUGCAGAAAGAACAUCAAUGAGAAAGAAAGAAGUAUAUUCUCUGGCAUUGAAGAAAUUCGGGAAGCAGAUUCGGGUAGAAGAAGAAGAUGAAGCUGAUGAGUAAAAUGAGAGGAUAUUGCCAUGUCAAAGCUUUUGCUUCAAACUCAUUGAUGUCAUGUUGUAAAACUGUUGCGUUAAGUCUCACACCUCAAAGCUCUUGAGCUUUGGAUCUUGAUUUGGUGAAUUUAGAGUAUAGUAAGAGUUAGUACCUCCAGAUUGUUUUAGUAUUCACUUGGUUAGGUUUGGUGCUGAUAAAAAUUUUAGCUACCAAAAUGGAUACUCAUUAGAAACCAAACUGGUAGCGUUUGUUAUAUGUUAAAAUAAAUUAUUGAGAAACAGGAUCUU